GCUUCAUGGGCUCCUCUCAGUGACUCAAAGUGCUAUUUCCACCCCUUGGUUCUCGCACGUCUUGCGGGAGACGUGCUGUGAUUCAUCACGGUUGGUGGUCGUGGGCUGGAGUUUCGGAAGUCAGCUUGCUUGUCACAUCGUUCGCCAGCUGGAGGUUUCUGGUCUCUCGCUUCGCGGUGUGUGCAAUUUGGACGAUAGGGCCUCGAAGCCAACGUUGGGCCAGUUUGAUUGGGAGUACUGCGCGCAAUCCCGGCCAAGAGUACGCAUCUUGACCCCGGCGCUGGAAUUCGUUAGCCCUUUGAAGUUCGUGCGGAAAGAGCGUGGCUUGGAUCCAGUUCGUUUCUUCGGAUUUGAUUAUGAGAUGACUAUGAAGCGAGUCCUGAACUUCAGUAGAACGGUCAACAUUUGGUUAGAGGAAUCUUCACAUCAUUCUAUGGGAGUGGUGAACGUCUGGGACCUCGGCGAGCGCCUCAAAAGCUCUGGUAGGCCGCAGCUGCGAAGGCACCGGCGACGCCUUGCGAGGAUAGCAGCACGGA